AUGUCAGUGUCGUCACACAAUAUGCUGCAGCAGCUUUGUUCACUAGGCGUUACGGCCACUUCGGAGAAAGAGGACAGUGCUACUCCUCAAGGCCCACGAAGGUCUGCAGAGGUCUCUGAUGCCUCUCUCACCGGGCCUCUGCGAGCCACACCGGCCCGGACCAGUGGGCGACGGGCUCAUGCUGGGAGCGUCCGCACCCACCGCCACGGGCACGACCCGAGCCCAGCCCCUGAGACAGGGCUGUCAGGAGGACGCCACCGCUUCACGCCCGCCUGCGGAGGAGCGGGCCGCGGCAACGGCUGGUUGCUCCGACAACGGUUCACAGGCGGCGGCGGCGGUGGAGAUUCUAACCAUGUGUUUGAAAACACAGUUCCUAGGUACAGAUGGGAAGUAGCUGAUAUUUCAAAAAAUGGGAGACUUGGACAUAAAAAUGGUAUACUGGAACUAUGGUUAAACAAUGAAAAUGUUUACACUUUGAUGCAGAAGUUAAGUGAAAAUGAAACCCAAAAUACUAAUCUCAGGAGAAAACUACUUGAAAGGGAGAACCAGAUUAAAGAACUUUCAUCCAAGCUUCAGCUUGAAAAAGUCAACAUACAGAGAGAAGACCAGUCAUCAAGAUCACUAAAGGCAAUACAAGCUCACCUGCAAUCUCAGAUUCAAAGAAAAGAAGUGGAAAAUAAUAAAUUAAAAGCAAAAAUGCAGACUCUAGAAAAGAAAAUAGCAGAAUGGAAACUUCAAGUUGGUGAAUACAAACGCCAGAUUUUAGCCAUAAAGGAAACAAGUGAGCAAAAAAAGACAGUUCUUAAAAAAGUAAUCAGAUUCCAUAAACAAAGAGCUGAAGACUUUGAAGCAACUGUGGAAAAUUUAAUCUCCAUCAUAAAGGAACGUGAAAUCAGGCUGUUUGACAUACUGUCAGCUUCUGAUGUCUGGAAAAAACAGUACAGAAGUGUAGUUGAAGAAAUUACAAUGUUAAACAUUCAAAAAGAAGAUCUUGAGAAGCAGAUCACAAGCCUUUUGGAAGACCUGAAAAGAAAGGAGGAAUGGAAAAGAAACUCAGAUGAGGAAGUUCUUGGAAAGCUCAAUUCUAUUAACUCUGAAAAUGAAAGAUUAAAGCUGACAAAUGAACAAUGAGCUACUUCCCGUGUUACACUGGAAAACAGUACUGCUUCUGCUGAAAAUGAGCUGCUAAAUCUGCAAGAGAAGACAAAGUGGCAAGAAAACCUUGUAGAACAGUAUAAAAAUCAGACACAAAAAUUGCAAACAGCAUUAGAAGAACUGAAAUCUAGUUAUGAAACAGUCUUAAAUGAAAACAAAAGAAUAACAGCAAACAAAUGCUUAGAAGUAAAUAAGGGAAGUUUUGCAGUGAGGCUCAAAACAGAGGCAGAGUUAAAGGAGUUAGAACAUGCUCAUGACUUGCUGAAAGGAGCUGAGGAAAAGCAGCAAGAAUACCAGGAAAAGCUCGCAUAUUGGGAAAGGAUCCAUGCACAAAAAUGCAAACUCCGUAGGGAGCUGCAGGUUCAGGAGGAAGACAGUGUAACUUCUGUGGGCAGUCAUUCCCUCGUGGAAGAAAACCAUAGCAUUCAGAAGCACUAUGAAGACCUUAAAAGGCAAUUAGAACAGAUGGAGUUUCAAAAUGAAGAACUUGCUUGUCAGCUCAAAAAAGAAGAUGAGAGUCUUCAAUGCAGUAAAUUGCAGCUUGAAGAGAAAACUGCAGACUUUAAUGGAUUAACCAGGCAACUGGAAUCUGCUUUGGAAGAUGGGAGAAAAAUGGUAGCUGAAGAACUGGAAAAGAUGUCACACAAAGAACAAGCCCUUGAGGCAAAAAUGCUAAUUCUUGAAACUGAAGUGAGAAAGGGACAAGAGGAGAAAAAAAAGCUCCUCCGCAUAUCUCAACAUAAUGAAAAGCACUAUGAAGUACAUCUAAAAGAGCUGGAAAACAGCCUACAGAAGUCAGAGAACAAGAACCAGAGCAUGCAGAAUUAUGUGAAGUUUUUGAAAGCUUCAUAUAUAACAAUGUUUGGCUGA